AUGGCCUUUCAUAUCCAUGCCGGAGGUGCUGCAAGUCACCCAUUACUGGACCCUUGUUCCAACGGCCUUCUUUUGGCUAAACAAGUCGUGUCUCGUUUCUCCGAACUAGAUAUCACUCAAAUUGGGUCUCUUGUUGCCAUUGCCGGAUUAUUACCGACUGCUUGGAGGUUUUUACGGCGUGCCUGGGAUGAGACUUACAGCUGGGUACGACAAUCUCUUCUCGCUUCAGUCACGGUACCUGGAGGCGACCCUCUGAAUCGGAGCGUCGUGGAAUGGAUCCUCGCAAAUCGACCUAGAAAUUAUCGAUACUUUACUGGACUCACAGAAGUCGGGAAUUCCGGCAUUGAUCGGGCCGCAGCACUGAAGAAAACUCGACACCCUGUCCGCUAUUUACCUCAUUGGGAUACCAAAUGGCUCUGGUACAAUGGGAAUGCAUUUCUUGUGGUACGCUCCAGUGACAGUAGUAUCUCCAUGUCAAAUCCAGGCUAUGAUGGUAUUGGGGGAGAAGAACUUACGAUAAGCUGCUUCGGCUGGUCUGCAGACCCUGUGAAGGAAUUUAUAAAGGCUUGUCGAGACUAUUCCGAGAUGCAGACUCAAUUCUUCGUUAUUAUAUAUUCACGGGAUCGAUACGGGCUUGCCUGGCAGCCUAAAGCUCGCAAGCCGAUUCGCUUACUGGAAACUGUCCAUUUCGAUAAUCAGCUGAAGCAGGAUCUACUUGCAGAUAUUCGAAAUUAUUUGGAUCCCAAGACUCAGCGGCGUUAUCAGACACGAAGCAUGCCUUAUCGCAGAGGAUAUCUCUUCUAUGGGCCACCUGGAACUGGAAAAUCGUCUCUAUCGCUCGCUAUUGCGGGUGAAUUUGGUCUUGACCUCUACGAAGUGAAGAUUCCCAGUGUUGCUACCGAUGCCGAUUUAGAGCAGAUGUUUCAAGAUAUCCCACCGAGAUGUGUAGUCCUACUCGAAGAUAUUGAUGCCGUAUGGACAGACCGCUCGGCAGCAUCAAAACCCGUGCAAGAAGGACAGCCAAUGCAGAAUUGCACUUUAUCCGGACUGUUGAAUGUUCUAGAUGGCGUUGGUUCACAGGAAGGCCGUAUUGUCAUCAUGACCACUAAUAGACCAGAGGCAUUGGACAGUGCACUGACCCGACCAGGUCGCAUUGAUAUGAAGGUUUAUCUGGGCAAUAUCACUCGGCAAUCUAGCAGGGAGAUGUUCCUGCGCAUGUUCUCACCUGACCUAGGCUUUAAGACUCUGGUAGACAUGGACGAACUGCAAGAACUUGCCACCGAUUUUGCUUGCCAGAUACCGGAUGACAAGAUUACUCCGUCUGCUUUACAGGGUUUCUUCCAGCAUCAUUUAGACAGCCCUUAUGACGCUGCCUCUUUGAUUGGUGGAUGGGUCAAGGAAGAACUUGCAAAGAGAUCGGAUAGGGAAUUUGAGGUUAUACCAGCCACACACAUAGAGGGUGUUUAA